CACUGGUGGCAGUCCGGAGCGGUAGCGCUAGCUCAGUACAACGAAGAGGACCCAACGAGUCUACAUCGCGCGACUCUAUCGAAAGGAGAGAAAGAAAGAGAGAGAGAAAGACUGCACCUAAAAAUCAGCCAUUAUAUCUGGAGAGCGUCACCACAGCCUGGAGGGGGAACGAGGGAUUUGAUCAGCACCGUUAUUUUUUUCUUUUGUGUUUUCUUUUUUUUCUUUUCUGGGGGAAGGAUUGUGAACGUUUGUGUGCAAAGAUGAUGGUCGGGGAGAUGGAGGUGAAGGAGAGACCGAGGCCGAGUCCCGACUAUCUCAUGCAGUUAUUAAACGAGAAGAAGCUCAUGACGAGUUUACCAAACCUGUGCGGCAUCUUCACACACCUGGAGAGACUCUUGGACGAAGAGAUAACCAGAGUGAGGAAAGACAUGUAUAACGACACAGUGAACGGUCUGGUGGACAAGCACCCGCUGGAGUUACCCGAGGCAGUGGGACCCAUCGUACAUCUGCAGGAGAAACUCUUUGUACCGGUCAAAGAGUACCCGGAUUAUAAUUUUGUCGGGAGAAUACUUGGCCCUCGUGGACUCACAGCAAAGCAACUGGAGGCAGAGACUGGCUGCAAGAUCAUGGUGAGAGGGAGGAGCUCCAUGAGAGACAGAAAGAAGGAGGAGCAGAACAGAGGGAAGCCAAACUGGGAGCACCUAAAUGAAGACCUGCAUGUGCUGAUCACAGUGGAGGACACACAGACACGUGCCGAGAUCAAGAUGAGAAGAGCUGUUGAAGAGGUCAAGAAGCUACUGGUGCCUGCAGCUGAAGGAGAAGAUAAUCUAAAGAAGAUGCAGCUGAUGGAGCUGGCCAUUCUGAACGGAACAUACAGAGACACCAACAUCAAAACGCCCACCCUUGCGUUCUCUCUUGCAGCAGCGGCAGCGGCUGCUCAAGGCCCGCGUUUGAUCGCAGCCCCUGCGGGUCAGGUCCUCCCCCCGGCUGCCCUCAGGCCCCCCACUCCGGCAGGGACCCCCAUCAUGAACAUCAUUCGGCCCACUCAGAUGGCCACUGUGCUACCCAACGGCACCCCUACCUUGGUGCCCCCGACACCUGACGGGGGCAUUAUCUACACCACGCCCUACGAUUACCCUUAUGCCUUGGCACCCACGUCUCUGCUGGAAUAUCCCAUCGAGCACAGCGGAGUCCUAGGUAAGCGGGCGUGGGGGCUUGGCACUUCACCCUUUGGUGCCCCGCAAGAGGGCUUUGCUGGGGUGUUUUACGGGGGAAUGUUCGAUGGGGCGUCACCCGGCCCCGUUCAGGACUCAAUGAAAGGUGCAAUGGCUACUAAAGUGCGGAGACAUGAUUCACGGGUCCAUCCUUACCAAAGGAUAGUGACCACAGACAGAGCCGCCACCGGCAACUAACAAAUGACCUCUGAACUCUGAACUCUUCACCCAAUGAUGAGCCGCCCAAGCCUGCCUGCUGAUCAGAUUAACUGGUAAUUGCCUUUUGCUAGCCUGGUGGACGCAGAGAGAGAGGCACCUGUCCGAGCAGUGAUCCUAACACAAACCAACAUAAAACACACCAACCCUCCAUACCAACACGUUGUGUAGCGAUAACAACGAUGAUACUUUAUUAUUUUAUGUUGUUUUUUUAUUAUUAUUUCUUUCUUUUUCUUUUUAAACCUCAAAUGAAUGGGUGGAUGUUAACAGUGAUGUUGCGUUACCCAAAAAUCUGCACUGAAGUUUAAAAGCAAUAAAGACGCGUCUUCUGCUAAUCCAGCCCUUAAAUGCAUUUAUACUUGCAAAUCUCCAGUUAAAAAUAAAUAAAUAAAUAAAUGAUGACCCCAGUUUUAUCAGUCAUAACGCUAAACGGGGCAUCAGGAUCCAGAUUAUGUCUAUACGCUACACCACCCAUUUAAACUGUCAUUAUGAAUCAACAAAAGAAAAAGAAGGAAAGAAUCUGCACUCACACCAACUUGUGUAUUUCCUGUCCUUCUCUGAUGUAAUCCUGUGUUUUUCAGUUGAUGAGUUUUACUGUGCUGACACAUUCUGGGUGUGCCUGUCCAGCUGACUUAGAGCAUGGCUACAAUGACAGACUGCAAAAAGCUUGUUUUGAUUUCUUUGUUCUGUUACUUCUCCCUAUUUAAUUGCUUAUGUUUCCAUGUAUCUUAUUAGCGUUUGGCAAUACUUGGAGAUUUAUACGUGCUGCUCAUUGCAGUAUCUGUGCCAGCUCAUUAGGGGGCAGUAGGCAGAGUCAGGCAGGGCAAUAGCAGGUGAGAUUGGGGUGAAGUGUUUUUGGAGUCUUUAAAUCUAGGAUAUUCAGGGUUGGACAGCUGGGAUAUGAACCGGAAUCAGUUUACCGAACUAUGCCAUCCCAAAAACUCUCAACCCCUCCCCACAUACAGUGCCUGAACUUUCUACAAUUUUUUUUUUUUCUUUGAAUGAGCUGUGAGAUAAGAUGAAAAAAAAAAAAAAAGACAGAAAAAAAAGACAAAAAAAAAAAUGACGAAGUAUUAUGUGUGUGCAUUUAGCCAAAGGGUUUCCAUUUAAUGAAUUUCAUAUAUAUAUGAGUAUGUAUCUAACCGCCAAGGGUUCUGUCAUUUUAGUCUAGAGUUUGAAAAGGUUUGAUGUCAUGCCUCUAUCUGUUUGUUAUAAUAGUGAAUCAAAAAUGGAUGAAAUGGUGUUAUUGUCUCACAAGACGCUAAUUUCCUUGGAUAUACAAAAAAUAAAGAACACUAAAGAAGGUGAAUGAGGUAGACAGAACGGGGGAGGGCAUAACCUCACUGCUGUAUGUAUACACUUUUCUUUCGUUUCUGCUGAUUUAUUUACAAAAAGAAAAAGAAAAAAUUCAAAUCUUAAAUAUCUUUCCCCCUACCCACCUUCCAAAAAUUAGUCAGCUGAGCUGAAACAAAAUGCAGGUGUUCUUGUAAAUGCCUUUAUGAAUUUAAAUCCACAAGUGAGUUUUUUCGAUUUUUCAAACCCCCGAAUCAGAUAGCCCAUCCACAAUGUGUCCUGCACACCCCCAGCUACUGAGCCCACUCUCUCAUUUCUAUACACCCUCUCAAGAAAACAUAGGAUGUGAAAGCCAUGUCUGCCUGUUCGAAUUGCUUUAUACAUACAUGAUAUAUAUAUAAAAUGUAUACAAAUGUAGAUAUGUCAUUGCAUAUUAUAAUACAGAAAGAUCAAAAUUAGAUACUUUUACAGGGUGCUGGAGAAGAAAUAUAUAUUUUUGGCAAUUUUAGCUUUUUAUACUUAACUUGCAGUUACAAAAUAUGAAACGUAAUACAAAAAAAUAUAUAUAAAAACAUUUGUAGAGUAGUACAGCAAAAGGUGGUAAAGAAAUGUUGCGUGACUUUGGAUAAUAUUGGCCAGGGGGAAAAAAAGCAGACCAAAAUAGUCAAACCUUGGAAUGUUGGAGGAAUUGCAUGAUGCGAGAGGAGAAGAGUACAGUUAGAGAGAUAAGUGCCUUACAGACGGUCGUUUCUUUUUCCGAGUGUUGCAUUCUGUUCAAUAAUAUCCAGCACCAACUAGUGAGAGUGCAGAGCGAGGGAGGGUUUGUGAAGAGGAAGCACCCCAAGAGUUAAACCACAAGGCUGUUGCAGUGUUGUGCCACUGAAUCUAUUCUAUGCAAAGGAAUAGCAGUCAUUUGACCAGCUAACUAUGUGCCAUGAUUCGUCUUCCCAAAAUUAAGUUGAAGUCUUGUUGUUUUUUUUUUUUUUUUUUUUUUUUUUUUCCUUUAAUCCCUAUUUGAACAAAGUGUUUUAUUUUCUCUUUAUUUUAUUGCAUUAUUAUUCUUAUAUUAUGAGGACAAAAUCAGCAAUGCUGUCUAUGUAUUUGGUUACUGUGAUUUUUAAGAACAACUGCCAAUCAUUGUGGAAGUCUGCCAGGUGUUUUAGAAUGGAGAUUUCUGAAAGAAAUCAUUUAAUUGGACUUCACCUGAAACCUCCUCUUGUUUCAAGACUUGCAAACUGGAAACGUUCGAUCAUUUUCACAAUCAUGUUUGCUAAAACUUACUUAUUUUUAUGCCAAGGAAGUGAUUUUUUUUUUUUUUUUUUUGAAGAACGUGAGAGGGAAGGGCAGAAGGAAAAGAAGUAUUUAGCUCACUUUGGGAAAGGCCUUUUUGGUGUCUCACAACCGAUAUAUGUAGCUUUACAGUGCACUGAUCUGAGAAGAACAAAUAAUGCAGGGGGAGAUAAACUAUAGCAAUUUAUUAAGUAUUACUGAGAGGAAGGUCACAAGGAUGUCCAUCAGUGCCAAACCCAAACAGUCACACAAGAGCCGCAGUAUCAAAUCACGAUCUAAAGAUCAAAUCUCCCCCGAGCAGUUUUCAAUCGUUGAAACAACCGGAGGUGUUGGUCAGAUUUAAUAAGAUCACGUUCAACUUUGUGUCUUGUAACCCUGGCAGGCUCUGGUUUAGUCUUGUUCUUCACUUUUGUUACACGAAAAAGGUCAAUGUCUUGUUUUUCUCUCUUUUCUCAGUGUUAAAUACAUGUUUUUUACACAUUGAAAUAAUGAAAUGCAAUAUUAGAGAGGAGCAGAGACGACUACAGAGAAAUGGACAGUAUUAAACGAAUCCCCUCUGCCAUGUUACUACGUGCUGUUAAUGUUUUGGAGUUGGGUUUGUCUAUCAGGUGUAUGGAGAAAUCUCUUCCUGCCUGCCUACUACAUGUGUAAUAAUGUAAAUUACAGCCAUUGUUACAGGUUUCUAAUGUAUUUUUCUAACUUCAUUUUCUAUGUACAAGUCAUUUUUUCUGAUCUCCUUUUGUGAUGAAACCCACUACACAUUUUUUUUUUAUUUUAUUUUUUUUUUCCAUGUCCUCUCUCCUCUGCCCUCCCUCCCGGCCCACUCUUUACUCAGAUCUGUCUCUCUCAUUGGGAGCGUUGCCUUUUCUUACAGUUUUUGUUUUCUUGCUGAUUCUUUAGCUUGUUUAACUCAUUAGCAACUUAUUAGUUCCUCUUGUCAUAGGUAUUUUUACAUGCUUGCAUUUAGUUUUUAUGGUGUAUGCUGUUAUUUUUUUUUCUUAUUAACCUCCUUGGCAUUUAUUUUAAUAAAACAUUCUUAGUAAGAAUUUUA